UUGUGGUUUUGUUGUAUCAGGAAGCACACUUGAAGUUAGCUCGCUGGACUAAUUUUAAUUUAAGGUCUUACUUCGCUAUUAUAAGUCGUUAUUAAGGACGGCUCUCUUUAUCGAUCAUUGAUUGCUUUUGCAUCGCGAAGCUGGGGCGGGUUUCCUGCCUGCUUAUGGCGUGUUUUUGUUUGUGAUAAGAUGCAUUAGUCAGCUAAACUACAAUAGCUUAGGGACAAGGUGCAGCAUGAAACCCAUGAUAAUGAGGCAGUGUGUGCUUCAUGGACCGAGUGGAUAAUGUCUGUGAUCCUGUUUGCCUUUGUGGUUCGGGUCAGGGAUGGACUUCCCCUGUCAGCCUCCACAGACUUUGAACACAACCGAGAGCUCCAGCAGAGGAAGCAGCAGAUUAAGACCAUCAGCAAGGCGCUGGCCCGCUUCCCCGACAGAGGGACCAUUAAGGGCCAGGAGCUCAAUAUAUACUUCGUCUCUUCAGAGGGUGUAUCCUACAUGACUGUGUGUCACUGCAGCCUCCCUGUUGCUAAAGCCUUCUGCUUCCUGGAAGAUCUGCGCUGGGAGUUCACAGCAUGCUUCAAAAGCACUGUUGUUGCCUUGGCAGCCAGGCCAUAUCCAUUUUUGGAAUUCGACAGCAUUAUUCAGAAGCUGAAGCAGCAGUACAACCAAAGUGGUGGUCCGGCCCUAGAGGUGACUUUGGCAGAAGUCCAGGAGGAGCUGAGGAUCCAUCCACCUCAAGUAAUAAACCUGGAUGAGGUGGAGCUAACCAAUGGCACUGCAAAUGGGCACAUGGAGCAGGGUCCUGGAUCUGGUCAAAAUCAGAGACUGGAACCAGUGACGGCCCCAGGCAUCCUCUCUCUCGUCCUCAAUAUCAUGUGUGCGUCUUUGAAUGUUAUCCGUGGGGUUCACCUUAUGGAGUACACAUUCCAGGAUGAUUAUGAAAGCAUUUGGAAUGUUGUGGCAUUUCUCCUGGCAUUUGCUUGCUGUGUUUUUCAGUGCCACCUCUACCUUUUCCACUCAUCUCUGAAGAAACUGAAGUGCUUCACUCUGUUAAGUGUGAUCGUCCUAUGCAACUUGCACCUGCUCGGCUUGAGAAAUGCGUGGCAGCUCCUCUUCCACGUUUCCGUUGCCUCCUUGUCUACCGUGCUCAUCCUGACUCGCAAAGUCCAAGACAGAACCAGUGACUGUGGCGUCUGAGCAGCGCAGGACAGUGAAAUUUGUUGCACCGCUGCAGUUUUCAGUGCAGGUGAGAAAGAGCGAGGACAUAAUCGGCUCGAUCCACGAUAAUGAAGAUGAUGGAUUUUUAACAAAAGAUUGAAAAAGUACAAUAACAGGCUCAUAUUUUCUCAUGUGCAGUAUGUACUCGAACUUUCUGUACAUUUGUGUACAACAAGAAUAUAGAAAAAUGCAGUGAUUUUUGGAUUCUUAAAAUGCUCCGAUUAACCUCAAACCAGGAAAAAAUGCAUAUGAAGAACAACACUGAUGAAUCCCAGUCAAGCCCAACUUUUAGGAAAAGUUUUUAAAGAAGAUGGAAGUGCUUUUUUUCAGUCAAAGUUUUUCCCGUUAUGUUGGUGAGUUUAUAAUUGAAUGCAUUUGUUCUCACACCCAGCUCAGUAUUUCUGCUAUCACAGAGCACUGAUUAGCUUUUCAUAAUCAUUUUACACCACUCAGUGACAUCAAGUUAAAAUUGAUUUCAGUCGUACUUUUCCCAGAAAAUAAGAUAGUCCGUCCCGCACUGGUAGGCGUAUGAUAACUAAAUUAUUUAAUGUAGCUUAACUGAAUUACUCUAUAGCCUAAAAAGAAAAAAAAUCAAAUGUGUAAAUAUAAAGCUAUGGUUGCUUUACUUCUUUCUGUGUGGCAGUGCAAAUAUGGUUGAUGGAUUUGGUUUAUUUUGUUAUAUAUUUUAUAGCCAGUGCUCAGCUUCUCGUUGCAAAGGUUCACAUUUAAGGGCUCCAUUAUUUAGUAACUUCACUGUUUGUUCUGAAAGGGAAUGUGUUAAUCAUAUGUUCAGCUGUGGUUUGAUGUUGAGGUUCUUUUUUUUUUAACAACUACUAAUUUUAGACCCCUCGUUAGAAGAAAGUUGUUUCACUUCAUCUCCAAAAUUUUCUUGCAUCUUUUCUGUUGAUCUCUACAUUGUGCUAAUAUCAGUAUGCUUGUUUUAUUAAGCUAUUGCUAAGGUUAGCCUUAGCUGUUCUUCCUGAGGCCUGUACUAUGAAGAAAGUUGAACAUACCAGGGUGUCUUAAUGCUACCUGUUCACUUAUUCUAACGCUGGAUAUCAGUCACGUGAAGCUAAUUAUUGACUCCCUGAAGUUAACCCAGGGUCUCCUUUGAAACUUCAAUUGAAAGGGGUGGUGUUGACAGUGUCUGACCAAUCACAAACGUGGAUAACUGCUGGCAGUAUAGCAGCUGAUUUUACAAAGGAAGAUAAAAUAAUACAAUGGGAGAAACAUGAAAAUGUUAAACACAUAAAAGAGACUGAAAGCAACACACCCACUGCAGACAAAGGAGCAGUAUGAGUGUCUGCAACAGGAAGAGCGCUUCAGUAGUCUGGUAUUAGAAACACUGCAUAAAUGCGUGCAUUUCAUGCGCUUCAGGCUAUCGGACUGGAAAAAAGCUGCUGUAAUAAUAACGCUGUUUGAAGGCAGGAAAGAAAGAGAGUACAAAUGACUGUAAGUUAAGAGACUGAUCAGUAUCACAACUUUGUCAUUAAGACACGAGAGAAUCUGAUGGAUUAUAAUCGAGUGUUUUGUGAAAUUAAUGUUUAAAAUCCCAUAUUUAAUUUUUAUUCUUUCAGCUGCAGCCUUGCUGGUGUCAACAUAAGCUUAGUCUAAGUGUAAAUUUGAUAUAAGGUCAGCAGUUACAGCUUUAGGAUAAAUUAUUAAUGCUUCUAGAACAAAAAUAUUGUUUUAAAACUUUUUUGCAGCCAACGAGAACAAAGUCAGUGAAUAAAAUUGCAGCUAAGAAUCUAUAAUAAUGAUUGAUGUUCGACAGGGAAACACAAAGACAUUAGAUGCUGAUAAAUAAAGAUUUUAACCCUCCCACUGUCUGCACACAGACAUCUGGGGAUCUCCCAUUAAUGGUGAUGCUUUCAGGUAAUUGAAUGGUCGGGCAGUGGUUUUUGUACCCACUGAUCUCUAAUCAGGAACAUAACCUGCUCUGGAGCAAAUAGGUUUGACAGCACGAUGCCAUAGGGCAUACCUGGAUAUAACCAAAUCCAGCUUCAUAGUACGGGCCUCAGGAGUCUGGUAUGCAUUCACAAAGACGUAAAAAAGAAGAAGCAAGCUCUUCUUAUACAGAUAUUAUUCAAAUUCAUAGACAAGAACAUGAAAGGUUUGUUUUAACUACCUAUAACAGGAUAUUAAACAGGAUAUUUUGUAUUGAAUGUACGCUUUUCCAACAAUAAGUAAUCAUUCUUCUCCAGUGUAAUUCCUAUUUCAUGUCUCCACAUAUGAGAAAGUAUGUGAGUGUGUAAAAGCACUGAUUAUAUUUCAAUUUGUUAGAAAAACUGCACUAUUUAUGGAGACAGUUAUGGAAAUUGUCCUUUGAAUAUGUUCCUGUUUUCUGUUUACCUGUUGGUUUGUUUAAAAAGCCUCUAUUUCCUAGGGAGUGGAGUAGAUCCAAUAUUUGUUUCUCACAUUGAUGUAAACAUGGAAAUCUAGAUAAAUACCACCGCUGUGCUGCUGAAGAAGUAGACUAAGAAUAAUUUUACAGUCAGUUUUUAAUGGCUAAAAGUUGCACUCAAUAUCAGAGGAAGUAGAUUGUUAGUAUUAUAGUUAGUUAAACAUGUAAGAUCAGGAAUUAUGUAAAAUCCAUCCUUUCUUUUUUAAUAUUUGAUCCCUUGUUUGAGGACUUUUAAAGGCUGCAUUUCUUACAGCAAUCUGAAGGUCUUUAACUUUAUUGCACUGUUAGAGAGGGACAGUUUUAUUGUAAUGUAGCUUCAGUUUACACAUGUGUGCCCUUUAGUAAUGCUAGACUUUUUUCUUAAAAAGGUUGUUUUAUCCUGAACUCCUGGUAUAUGCUUGAUGAAAAGCCUUUAGAUUCACUGAAGUUCACUGGGGCUGAGAGGUUUCAAGUAGAUUUUAAGAUUAGGGAAUAGUGAACUGUUCAAACAACAUAAUUUUGUUUUUAAUUGUUAUGCUACUGAUGAAUUGAGUCCAACCAUUAUAUUGGCACGGCGGGUAUGUUGGCUGUUGGUGUCAGCAUCUAUGUAUAACCAUCAUAAAUAAAAAUUAAAAAGUAAAGGAGAGAUGGAGAACACGCCCUUCAUCCAUGGUAUGAAUGUUGAUGUUGGUGUAGUGUGUGCACCAGAGGACACUCUGCAACAUCUCUGUGGGCAGCAUAAGUGUGGAACACCACAAACACAACCGGCUGAUCUGAGUAGAGUCGGGCUGAGCAUAAACGAGUAAUCUGCAACUUGUUGUGACAAAAAGCAAGAUUCUUUUUGAAGUAAACUGUCAUGAUAUCUUAGCAAGGACUCAUAAAGAAACUACACUUAACAAAUGUUUGGAAACUUUAUGUUUUGUGAACCCAGAAGAAAAAACUAUUGUUCGGUAUUGGUUUUAAAAAUCCUAUGUCGGUCAGCCGCUACUGUAUAUUUUGUGUGUAGGAUUUUGGUGAUGCUUAUAUUUUUGAUAUGUAGGAGGUUUUAGUGAUUCAGCAUUUUCCACUUCAGAAACUGUAUUUAAAUACACUGCUGACCAAAUGAUUUGUAACAAAAUGUUUUCAAGAUGUUGAACCAAACCAUAUGGAGCAUAUUGUUUUUCCUCUUGAAAUGAAAACGAAGGAUAAAAGUUUGUUUUUUUUAAAAGAAAACGUACAGAACAAAUGCAGCCUGUAACUGAAACAUGACAGUUUUCAAGUUUGCAGGUUAGAAAACCCUUUAUGUUCGCGAGACCAGCCUGAAGUCUCUAAUCCCUGGACGGUUUCUUUUUUAAAAUGAAGAACAGUUAUUUGUAUAAAUUGUGGGUUUACUGUUUUGUGACUCUAUUUAUAAUGAUUGAAAAUGAUGGAACCGUGUCAUUUAUUGUAACUGCCAAAAACGCUGGUGAUUACUGGGCAUUUUUUCCCAUCUGGUAAAACUGACAUUUCAUUAAUAAAUAGUGUCUUUUUUUCCA